CCGAACAAAACAACAAUAACGAUAGUAGCUAUCCUAUAUUGAUUGUCAUUUUCUGUCAUUUCAUGUUAUUAUUAUUUUUUGUGUUCCGCGUUAGAAGAGGAAUUUUAUUAUUUUCCAUUUUUGAAAAGCCGCAGCGCUAGCAGAGCGACACGCCCCCCUCCCGAUUGCCGUCAGCUCGGCACAGCUGUCUGUCAAUUUCAGGCCGCAUCCAUAAGCAAACGAAAACGAAACGGGACAACUUUUCUGAAAAACAAAUUACGUCUGACCUUUAAACCACCACCUGAAGCGAGGUUGAGGCGUCUUGGUCCGCCUCUGUGCUGAGUCGGGUGGGUCAAUUGUUCAUCAGCCAUCAGCCAUGUCCGUGGACAAGCUGCGGCAACAAUUCCGCGGACAGCUUUACAAGUACACGAACGUCGUGAAGGGUUGGCAGUACAGGUGGUUCAUUCUCGACCCUGAAAGAGGCAUUCUCGACUAUUAUGUGAUUGACCCGCAACAGCAGCCGAGCCGAAAGCAGCGACCGCGGGGCUCGGUGCACUUGGCCUCCGCCGUGAUUUGCCCGAGCGACGAAGACUCGAGCACCUUCACCCUAAACUCGGCCUCGGGGGAAAUCUUCAAGCUGCAGGCCAUCGACGCCAGGGAACGGCAAGAAUGGGUGAAUCGGCUCAGGGCUGUCGCCGAGAUGCACACAAUGGCCAUUGCUCAGAGCAAUCCUCCCCUUCCACCUCGCGAGCACCACUCACUGGGCACAACGCCUCAGGGGCCGCUGGUGCAUUGCUCCUUGGCAGUGCUGGACGCGCUCUGCUCUGCCAGGGACAAUUUGCAAAAGGCUGAGAUGAAAAACCAGGGACUUGCAUGCCUCAUCGAUGACCUGCCGUCGAGUGGCGCAGUUACCAACCUGGACCCUGAGCUGCUGAUGCUGAAGGCGACGUCGCAGGCCACGAUCCUCUGCCUGAGCCAGUGCCUGUCCAUUUUGCAGCAGCAGCAGAUCGUGGCGCCAGCCGUGCCGCUGCCGAGGCCCAAAAAGACUCCUUUGCACUACAUUCCGCCGCAGCCGAGCGACCUCGCGGACAAAAAGAGCACUCAUUCAACUCAUUCCACCAGUAACAGCGAAACCGAAAACUGCCCUUCCGAUUCAAAUCCAGAGAAAAUUCAGCGCGAUGACGAGGAAACGGACGAGGAAGAGACUCAAAUCGAGUCCAUCCCUGUCACAGACGAGCACAGCACUUUGCUCAAACUCGCGUCGCAAACGAAACGCGGAACUGACCUCACUCGUGUCACCCUUCCCACCUUUCUGAUGGAGGCCAGGUCUCUGCUCGAGCAGCUUGCCAACUUCUUCAACUUCACAGAGUUAUUCACAAGCAUUGCAGAUGGGAAAGACCCGAAAACCAGAAUGGUCGCCAUCGUGAAAUGGUACCUGACUUCUUUCCAAACCGGAUUGAAAAUGCGGCCUGGUAAAAAGCCGCUGACUCCACUGCUGGGCGAGCGCUUUGUCUGCUCCUGGAAAGUGCCAGAAGGAAACCAGACUCACCUUGUCCACUUUGUCGCUGAACAAGUCAGCAAUCAGCCGCCUGUCUCUGCCUUCCAUGUGGAAUGUCCGACAAAGAAAAUCCGACUCGACGGCCACGUCGGCUUCAAAUGCCUCUUCACUGGAAUGUCUGUAGACAUCACCAUCUCUGGAGACAUGAAUUUGCUGCUCAGCAGCUACGAUGAGCUCUAUUCCAUUGGCUUCCCCACAGUCCACGCCAGGUCGAUCAUUUCCAAGCCGUGCAUCCAACUCGGGGGCAAAGUCAACAUCCACAGUCCCACUAAUGAGUUUUCUGCUGUCAUAAAUUACCCAAAGUCAUUUUUUGGGGAAAAGCCAAACCAAGUGAUUGCUGAAAUCAAGGACUCGGCCUCCGUGACUGUUUGCAAAAUUGUCGGCGACUGGACGAGCAGCUUGAAAUUUAUGAAUUCCGCUGAGAGCAACGCAGUGUCUCAGUCUCUGGAAAUUAAUAACCAGCAAACUUUCAAGAAGAGGGUGCGCAAGUUAGAGAAAAUGGACAUAUUAGAAUCUCGAAAACUGUGGUACAACGUGGUCAAAGCUUUGAAAGAGGGUGAUAUCAACAAAGCUGCGAGCCACCGUCUGGUUCUGGUGGAGCAGCAGAGCUUCCAAGCACAAAAUGCGGCGUCGAAAUACUUCAGACAAGAAACGGGGCAGCCAUCAACGUGGUGUUUCAAAGAAUGAGCUGAACUACUCUGGAUAAAUAUAUAAUGUAACCUUUCGAUCACAACUUGAAGCACAUUUUUAUGCAUAUUUUUCAAUGAAUUAAAAUAAGUAGUUACAUAUGUA